AUGUCGCCAACGGAAUUCGAGACACCUUUACUCGACCAAAUCUACUCUCAUGACCAAGUCGAACUCUUCGAUACUAUCGAUAGGCUUAGGCAUCAUGAUGCCUGCAGAGAAGCUGGGCUUCCGCAGCUUAUAGUGUGUGGAGACCAGAGCAGUGGAAAAUCUUCGAUUCUGGCUGGUUUGACGGGCCUGCCAUUUCCAACCAAAGACGGCCUUUGCACAACAUUUGCUACCGAGCUGGUGAUACGAAGGGGAAACUACACACGCUUAUCGAGUUCGAUCAAGCCUGGACCAAAUCGAAGUCUUCUAGAAACGCAACGUUUGCUCAAUUUCCAGUCGAACUUUUCUUCACCCGAUAAGAUCUCGGAGUUGAUCGAGGAUGCGAAGACUUAUAUGAGAGCAGGUUCCCACACCACUGCGAACGCGUUCUCGGAGGAUAUCCUCCAGAUCGAAAUAGUUGGGCCAAAGCGCGUGCCUUUGACGAUUGUCGACCUUCCUGGCUUGAUUCAGAGUGUGAAUGAUGGUCAGAGAGCAAAAGACGUGGAGUUUGUGCAUACGCUCGUCAAAGGGUACAUGGAAAAACCGCGAAGUAUCAUACUCGCCGUCGUCUCUGCGAAGAGCGAACGCGCAGCACAGAGAAUUCUUCGUUACACGCAGGAAAUAGAUUCCAAGGGCACGAGAACCUUAGGUAUUAUCACGAAGCCAGAUACCCUAGAUUCUGGGUCUGAAAACGAGGCAAGCUAUGUUACUUUGGCCCGAAACGAGUCGGUACAUCUCAACCUCGGAUGGCAUGUGGUCAAGAAUCGCAGUUACCAGACGAGGCUGUGUUCGGAUGAGGAAAGAGACGCCGCCGAAACAGAAUUCUUUUCUGCUGGAAAAUGGGCAUCUAUUUCUCCAGGCCAUCGUGGUAUCGAAUCUCUACGAACAAGGCUAGGAGACAUCCUACAGAAGCACAUAUGCGACGAGCUACCGUUUCUCAGAGCGGAUUUAAAAAUAGCUCUCGACAAAAGCCGUCGAAGACGCGAAAAGCUGGGUAUACCUCGGAUCGGCAAAGAUGAUCACCAAAAAUUUCUCAUCAAGGUCAGCGAACACUUCCAGACGAUCUGUCGGGAUGCUGUGAAUGCCUCGUAUACCUCACCAAUUUUCAAUCUAUCAUCCUCGCACGCACAAGCAACGCGACUUCGGGGCCGGGUCCAAAACCUGAACAUGGACUUCGCUAGGCUGAUGUACACGAAUGGCCAUACGACUCAUAUUGUUGGAGAUGGUGAUGCGGUAACCAGAUCAUGGUUAAUCCGGCCCGGCCUUGAGUUGGAAUUUCAACCCGACGGUUCGGAAGUCCAGACAAGAUCAAGAUUCUUGAAGGUGAUUGCCGACCUAGACACGAAAAGUAGAGGCGAUGAACUUCCUGGUUUGUCUAAUCCUCAUCUUAUCGGAGACCUCUUCAAAGAGCAAUCAAAACGCUGGGGCCCUAUCGGGGAGUAUCAUCUCCAAAGAGUGCAAAAGGCCGUCAUGGAAUUUUUAGAACGUCUUCUGGAACACAUAACGGAUCCCAGGACAGCCAACAGCUUGAUGAUGGAAUUGAUUGAAAACAAGAUGGAGGAAAUGGGGAGAGACUUAGAUGCUAAGCUUCAGGAGCUGGUCUCGCCAUACACGUCUUGCCAUCCCAUUACUUACGACGGCAACUUCAUCAAUCAAAUUCGGCAAGCGCGAGCUGAGCGACAGGACCAUGACAUACAGGAUAAAAAGGCACAGCUUUUGGGCAAUGCUGAACAGGUCAAAAAUCCUAAGAAGUCGCCGGAAGACUUUGCAAACUCCGAGAUUUUAGAUGGCUUGCAGGCGUACUACAAUGUAGCGAUCCAAGUUUUCAUCAGCAAUAUUACUGUUCUUGCCGUCGAGAAGUGCUUGAUUUCUAAACUUCCGGCGAUCUUCGACGGUUCAACAGUCUUGGGAUUGACCGAGGAUCAGCUAGAAGCUAUUGCUGGGGAGUCAGCAGAGGUUCGACGCGAACGUUCCAGCCUAGACGAUAAAAUUGAAGACUUGGAAUAUGGAUACGAACUUCUAAAGACUUAUGCCCGACACGGUGCUAGUCAUAGUUCUCGUCCAAGUAUACAUGUUACGGCUGGUAAUCAGGAAGAGAGCAGACAUCUCAAGGCGGAGCAGGAGAACAAGAAUUCCGGGUCGCAGUCUCGUUCAAGCCGCAGGUCAAGGGCGGCAACACCCUCUACACCAUCCUCGUCGUUGGAUGGAUCUUCACCGUCCUCGUCACCGCCACCCAGUGAAGCUCGAAGCACGUCAUCUUUAUCGUCGUAUGGUGUGUCUGAUACUGAAGAGAGAAAGGAUGCACGAAAUCUGUCUUCCGCAGUAUCCACUCCGUCCCGCACGAAGAAAGGAGAGCGAAGAAUACGCAGUUCCAGGUCAGGAGUAUCGCUGGACCAACAAUUUGGAGACUUGUUACUACCUAGAGAGGGGAUUUCAAGCCAUGACGGACCAGUCUAGUCAUGAACCAAUGAUCUUUAAUAGACUAAAGAUGUGAAAAGGUCUAUUUCCAGCAUGCCAACCUUUUCCUGUAGUUUGAAAGUAUGAUUUCUUGCCGCGGUCUCAUUCCCUUUGUCUAUUUCACUCUUUGCUCAUUGGUCGCUCGUUUUGCAAAUCAAACACUCAUCUUAUCUUCGCGGCCUGUCAAUUCACAUAGCUUUCAAUUUGGAUCCUCG